ACAUAAGGUCCAUUUGUUUAUAUUGAUAUCACUUUAUCAGCGGAAGUAUUGCAUAUAAACACCAUUGUCGCAGGAAGGAUAUUAAUCAAGAUCUCAACAUCAUAAACCCCUUUAAAUCAUACGAGCUUUAACCGUCGAGCGUGAAAAAUAGCUGGCACAUAUAUAUGAUAAGAAAUCAAUAAGCUUGAAAACUACGAAACUCCUUAAAAACUCAUAACACAAGGAGGAUAGGAAAGCCGAUCUUCGUUUAAUCCGUUUUGACUUGUAUAAGACUCACUGUAAAUUACGGCAGCUGUAAAAGCGGUCAGGAUGAGUCUGGGAACCCAAUAAUCUUGAGGUAUGAGCAAAUAAAUUAACAGCUAAAACCAAGACGCAAGCUUUAAUAAGAAGAUAAAUUGACGGCACACACAAAAAGGUUUGGAAGCAAUUUAAAUUUUAUGACCGAAUCUUAAGCACUAUCGUCAGAUAAAGUAAACAUGUUUUGUCAAGAUACGUCUUGUCAUGGGACUCUCUAGAGUGAUGCGCAUCCUUCAAGCCUAUCAAAGUCUUCCGUUAUAACGAUUACGUUUCAUAUAUAUAAGAUCAAACUUUGUAAAUCUCUCACAAAGGUAUUAGACUAAAUAUCGAGUGAAACCUUCUUCAAGAGAAAAGCACAUUUCAAACGGUCAUGGCUGAUUCGAGUCUCACAAGAGGAAAUCUUAGUGUCAACCAAACGGUCCUAGGAAAAGGAACAAACUCUGUUUUUGGAUCAGAAACGAGGGUUUUAGUGGCGGCGAUCGUUGAGAUUGUUAUCUGCGUUCUUGGCUCAGUGGGAAACUUUUUGACCUGCUUUGCAGUGUUUCGAAACAGAAGACUCCAGUUCGCGACCAACUAUUUCAUCGUUUCGUUAGCCGUAGCUGAUGUUCUUGUUUGUACCAUAUUGGUUCCCAUGAGGGCAGCCCAGCACUUCGCCUUUUACGCGGGCAGAGAAAUCUCCAAACUGACUGUUGAAGUUGCUGGCUUCAUUGGCCGUAUCAACAUCGUAGCUUCCAUCUGUAACCUCGCUGCUCUCAGCAUCGACCGUUGUAUCGCACUCAAGUACCCAAUGAGGUAUAGAUUUUCCAUUCGAUUCGCCACACAGCGCGUAUGCUACGUCAUUUUAGCUUUCUGGAUCUUUGCGCUAGUGUUCACCAGUUUGCCAAAGAUUCCUGGCCUCUCGGACGAUGUGUUUUUAAUCGGGUUCAUUGUUUUUGUUCUGUUGGUGACUGUUGUCAUCGUACUGGCCUAUUUCCGUAUUUUCCACAUCGCCAAUCAGGCAAGAAAGCAUCGAAAAGUCAGAGUGUUCCAAAUCAAUUUCCAAUCGAAAGUUCACCCGUUAGAAACCCGCAGAACCAGCCUAAAAACAACCGACGCUGUGCCUAAUGUUCACGAAGCUUUCCGAGAACGUCCGGAAAUCCCUGUCCCUUUUGGCGACCGAAGCAUGCGCAAAGAACAACACCAAGAUCAGAAAACCGCCAAAACAAUCGGGAUCGUGAUUGGAGCGUUCAUAAUCCUCGUCUAUCCUCGGAUUAUACUCAUUCUGUAUCAUUUCGGUGCCCCAGCUUCGCCGACAAGCGAACUAGCAAAGUUCUGGGCUCGAAUUCUUUUGUACAGCAACUCGGUGGUCAACCCCAUGCUAUACGCAUUGCGCAUGCGUGAGUUCAGAAACGAGUUCUCUCGUAUUUUAAUGAAGUGUUUCAGGAUCGGUCGAAUGAAAGACCAAAUAAUGACAUCACAAACACAAGGCAACGCUACUAGUAUGACAUUGUCUUCUACCACCGACAAGGGACUGGCGUGUUUCAGUAAUUCUAUGUAAAAACGAAUACAUCCCAGGUUCUUUGGCCACUAUAGGCACGGACGCCUGCCAACUACAACAUUCUACACGUUUGACUAAAUAAAUAACCGUCUUUGAUUGAAGUGGGCGAUCAACUGAGCUAUUAAGAAGUCAAAGAGUAUCACUUAUACUACAUUAAUCUUUCACAAGAGACACUUGUUUUUCAAGCCUAAUUUGCUAAUUUAUUUCAUAAUAUCGUAUUUACUCGUGUAGGUGGAAAAGAGCAAAGAUUCCUGUCGGAAAAUACA